GAAAAAAUCAGAACAAUAGUUUGUUCCCUACAAAGAGAGUCUGAAACUAUUGCAGCUGGUUUUGAUAUUAUAGCUGCUCAAGUGUCAUGUAAAAAAAUAAAGAAAAUAAGUGUUUUAAUUGCAGAGGCACUGGGUUGGUUGUGCUCGGAACAGGCUAAUAAUGUGGACUCUCUCAGAGAUGAAGAAAAGUCAUUAAUUGCUUUAGCAGAAAAUAUGGAUCGAUCAUACGAAGCACUUAGCCAGCUUGUAGCUGAUUACUACAAGAGGCCAAAACAUUCUCAACAUCAAGUGAAGCAAGCUUUGGGCACUUUAAAUAGAAUUGUUAGAGAGCUGCAGGAGCCAUUUGUUAAUGAGCUGGAUGAGAACGAACUGCAAGAGAGGUUACUGAGACUUGAAGCUCUUGGAGAAAUAAGCAAAGCAGAGGUACAAAGUGUAUCAUUGGUGUCAUCACCUUCAUCUACUGAUGACCUCAGCAAAUAUCGUCAGGAAGUAGAGAAUACUGGCCAACAAAUUGAGACGAGGCUUCCAGAACACAUUAAUAUCACCAAAGAGACUUUUAAUAUCCUUCAGAACAUGCAGAAAGCCAUUGCCAAUGUAGCUGAACUUUUCAAACAAUAUGAAGAAAAGUUGCACAAGGAUCAUUUUGCUCUGAGCAGCCCAGAAGAAGAAAUCCAGGUCCUAGAUUCCAAAGAAGAAGAGAUAAAUGCUGCCAUAGCCGAAAUUCAGAAUAUCGCUGAUCAGCUGAAAUCCAUUUGUAGUACAGAAAAUCAG